CGAAUUAAAAUGAAAGUAUUCGAACCAAAGCGAAAACAACUCGUUACCCAAUAAAGUAAAUAUUUUGAUAAUUUAGCAAACGUUUAGCAAUUAAAAAUGAAAUAUUUAAUAAAUUUACGACUUUAAAACAUAUAAUUAACCAAUAAUAAUAAAACCCUACAAAACUUUUGCUAAAAAGCAACAAGUUCUAUAAACAAAUAAAAUAGCGAAAAAGUACAGUGUUUUUGUUUGCGUACUACUUUCCCAUCUAGAGAAGAAGAAGGAAACAGACGAACGACCAACGAAAACAAAAGCAACAAAAAAAGAGUAGUUGUGUGUACUAAAGAGUUUAUACAACACUAACAAAAAAAAUUUACAAAAUAUAAUUCCACCAAAAAAAGACGAAAAAAAGCUGUACAAGCUUAAGCGGAGGGAGCUGUAAUAGAAAACGCGACGACUGUUUGGCAAAUGGUGUUAGAUGAACAGCAAAAUACGCGCAAUUAUUGUAUUAACAAAUUAUUGUAGUUGAAUAAAGUUGAGUUUAAAAGCCUUAAAGCAAACAAGACUGGCUGAAUUGUGGGAGAAAAUGGAUGAGGCCCUGUACUCGGCCACCUAUGUGGACAAUUAUAUUGAUUCAGUGGAGAAUCUGCCCGAUGAUGUGCAACGACAUCUAUCACGUAUACGGGAUAUCGAUGUCCAAUACAGAAACCUCCUGCGUGAUGUGGAUCAUUAUUAUGACCUUUGGAGAUCUUUGCAAAAUUGUGGAGAAUCAAAUUCGGGUCGGCGAGCUCGUUCGGUAACACGCAUGCAACAGAGCUUGAUACAGGCUCAGGAAUUGGGCGAUGAGAAAAUGCAGAUUGUAACGCAAUUACAGGAAUUGAUAGAUCACAAGACACGCCAGCUGGAUACGGAUCAAAAGAAUCUCGAUAUAAAAGAGGAUAAGGAAGACAUGCAAAUGCAAAUCGAUGAGUUCGGUGGUGCGCCUACUUCGCAGAAACAAACACGCACACAAAGUCCCUCAAGGGCACUAGAGGGUAGUGCAGGAAAUACCAAUGGUUAUGGCGCCUCUAAUUCUGCCUUAAAUUCCGCCGGUGGUGGUGGCAAUUCUACGCCAAAUUCCGAACGUUCGGGGAAUAGCAAUGCAGGUGGUAAUUCAAAUGGCAAUAGUAAUUUGCCAGGCAAUUUAGAAAAUCAACGUGGUAAUAGCAAACGUUCCAGGCGGCGUAAUGAUACGGUCUGCAACAUGGAAUUGGGUGGCAAUGAAUCUAAUUCUGCCAAUGAAGGAGGCGGUAGCAAUGGUGGUGAUCGUAAUCUUGCACAAAAAUCUUCGACUAUGGGUGGUGGUGCUCAGAAAAAGAAUUCGGCACAAAAUCAGGCGGGUUCUUCUGCUGGUUCAAGCAGUAUGGCUGGUGCUGGCUCAAGUUCGGGUAAUGGAGGUGGUGGGGGAGCGAAUGGUGGUGCUGCGGCCGGUUCAAAUGCUGGCAACAAUAAUUCGGGCAAAAAGAAGAAACGUAAGGCGCGUGGUGGGGGUGGAGCUGCCGGAGGUGGUGGUGGUACAAACACUCAGUCGUCGGCGACGGCUCAGGCUACACCUCGUGAAGAUACGCCGCCACCGGAUCCAAUCGAUCCCGAUGAACCGACCUAUUGUGUUUGUAAUCAGAUAUCUUUUGGUGAAAUGAUUCUCUGCGAUAAUGAUUUGUGUCCCAUUGAAUGGUUCCAUUUUUCUUGUGUAUCAUUGGUUCUAAAACCUAAAGGUAAAUGGUAUUGUCCGAAUUGUCGUGGUGAUCGUCCGAAUGUUAUGAAACCGAAGGCUCAAUUUCUUAAAGAACUCGAACGUUAUAAUAAAGAAAAAGAAGAAAAGACGUAAAUAUGAUGGAAAAGUUAGCUUAAGAUCUCUCUAACCAAACACA